AUGGACCCGCUCACGGAGGCCUCCGGAUACCCAAUGAGGCAGCUGGAGAGGGAUGACUUCUGCUUCUGGAGCUCCCUCCUGGCCCCUGGCCUGGGCUUUGGGGUGCUGUGCGGCCUGGUGGAGCAGCUGCAGCUGGGCACCGUGGUCAUCUCUUUCACUCGGGUCUUUAGAAGCCAGCCUGACUGGCACGUGGAACUCGACUUCCUUCACUGGCUCCGGUCCCUGGAGACCCCCGACGAUGACUUCCUGGUCACCUGCUUCGUCUCCUGGAGCCCCUGUCCCCGCUGCGCGGAGGAGGUGGGCGCGUUCCUGGGGGCCCGCCACAAUGUGAGGCUGCGCAUGCUAGCCGCCCGCCUCCCUUGGGACCCCCAAUACCGCGAGGCCCUUGGCCGGCUGCACCGGCAGGGGGUCCUGGUGGACGUCAUGUCCUGGGAAGACUUUGACUGGUGCUGGGAACUCUUCGUCCGCCGGGCAGGAACAGCCUUUGAACCCUGGUGGGGUCCAGGCGGGAAUCGCGGGCUCCUGCUUGGGAAACUGCAGGACAUUCUGGGGACCCGGAUGAAAAUAAACACCUUCAUGGAGCACUUCGACAACAGCCCCAGCAACUCUAUUCACGCGACGCUCCUGUGCUACGAGGUGCAGGGCGCGGGGGACCACAUCCCCAAGAGCGAGAGGAGGGGCUUCCUGCUGAACCGGGGUCGCAACACGGACCACCCCGCCCAUGCAGAGGUGGUUCUCCUGGAAAGGGUCUGGGCCUGGGCGCUGGCCCCCGAGCUGCCCUGCAGCGUCACCUGCUACAUCUCCUGGAGCCCCUGUGUCGAGUGCGUCAGGGAGCUGGUGCAGUUCCUGGGCCAGCACCGCGGCGUGGAGUUGAGCAUCCGGGCCGCCCGCAUCUAUUCCCUGCCCGGGUACCAGGAGGGGCUGCGCACCCUGCGGGACGCUGGGGUCCACGUCUCCAUCAUGACCAGAGCAGACUUCGAGCACUGCUGGGCCACCUUCGUGCAGAGUGACGGGCAGCCCUUCGCCCCGCCCCCCAACCUGGAAGAUGUCAGCAAGGAUCUUGCCAUGGAGCUGGAGCACAUUUUGCAGGCUCAGGAAGGCGCAGGGUGA